AUGAUAUAUUUGUUUGUUGUUAGAUUAAAAAGAGCUACUGUCCACCACCAGCCUCCUAAACAGCAUCAUGAAUCCAUACAACCUCAUCUCUUAAGACUACUUGUGACUUUGAUUAAUCACCACUUCAACUGUUUGUUAUCCAAUCCCAAAACCAGAAAAAUCCUACAAGCAAAAUGCUCUCGGAAACUUGGCCUCAAAAACCACCACUUUGAAUCCUCCUCCUCAGUCGUCUCAAAUCUCUACUGGGGAAUUCACACUGUAGAGGCUGCAAUCCAAUGCCCUCAAGGCAUGAACAAAGCCAACCUCCAAACCUUCGAAAACAUGUUUCAAGCACCAGCUUUAUUGAAUGAAAAUGGGAUGACAGCCGGAAUAUCGAAUGCUUACUUGGUUUGUUGCUCCUAUUUUUAUCUGGCUCUGGUUAGAAAACUGUUGCUGCAACGGGAUGAGCUUCAAGUUGCUCUUCAUUUUCUUCAAGCCUUAGUGGUCUCACCAGUGCUGGUCAGGACUGAGCUUGCACCAGACCUCUAUCGAACCAUGCUUCAUUCCUGCAUUCUGCCAUUAAAACCUGCUCACUACUUUAAACAGAAUCAUUAUGAAGAAGCUGCUAAUGUGAAAUGGGGUGCAGCAAGUUACAAGGCAUGGUUAAUGUAUCAUCAGGUUAUUUCUUAUGGACACUCUCCUCUGUUGAUGAGAGACAAAUCACAACAAAUUAGAAACAGCAAGGCCUGCAGCACAUCAUCUUCAAAUUCAUAUGAACAUCUUCAUCAGUUGGGGACUCAUCAGAAUUUUAAAAAAGUCCAUCCUAUUGAUCCUCAACAAGGAAUCAAGCGUCUCCAAGAUCUUCUCUUGGAAGAUCAGUCAGAUUCACCAACUUCCUUGUAUUCAGGCACUACUCAUUUUGAAGAUCAAGAUUCAGAGGAAAAUGCAGACAAAUUCGAUACAUCAUUGAGAAGCUUGCUUGGAGUUGCAGACACAGAAACAGAAACACCAAUCACAAUGUCAAAAGCACCAAACAUCACUAAAUUUUGGAACUGCAUUGACGAUGAGAAAGACGAAAGCACCUUUCAGAAUCAGAGGGAAUAUUUCCAAGGAACUUGUGCUGAAAAUAGUUACAGGGUCGAACAAGCUGAGAUUGUAGAGAAAGUAAUUUCAAAGUUAUGUUUCUCAGAAGGACUUGGAAAAUCUCAAGACCAUGAUGACGAUUCAUCAACUGUUGAAAUUACAGCUGUGUAUGAGAUGUUGGCAAGCAAACCAGGACUGAAAUACUCUUUGUUAAAAGAUGUUAUUUUAGAUCAGUUACUAAUGGCUCUUUCAACUUCAAAGGAACAAGGGGUAACAAGAGCAUCAGUUUCUAUACUGUCAAGUAUUAUUUCAGGGAAUCCAUCGGUUAUACAAGAGUUAAAGAAGAAAGGGUUGAAGCUUGAUGACCUUGCAAAUGCUCUGAAAAGAGAUGUUUAUGAAGCAGCUGUUUUGAUUUAUUUAAUAAACCCAUCUCCAAAUGAGAUUAAGACUCUUCAACUUAUGCCAACACUAGUUAAGAUCAUUUGCACUUCAUCAAGCUCAUGUUACCAGAGUGGCUCAAAAUCACUUCUUCUCACACCCCCUUCGGCUUCACUAAUGAUUAUUCAAGUGUUGGUCACAGCCUUUGACUACUCCACAAACAACACUCAUUUGGCUGCAAUCACUUCACCAAAAGUCAUUUCAUCUCUACUUAAUGUUCCAAGAGAUGGUAAUCUAGAACAACUUAUCUCUUUGGCUGCUAUUCUCGUCAAGUGCAUGAGGUUCAAUGGACAAUGUAGAUACCAUAUCUUGGAGUUCACUCACAUCUCUCCAUUCAUCUCCCUCAUCCUAAGUAACCACAAGCAUGCCAUACUUGCAGGACUUGAAUUCUAUCAUGAGCUACUACGCAUGCCAAGAUCAUCGUCAGUAAGUCUGCUACAGCAGCUAAGGGAAGGAGGCGGCAUCAACAUUAUGUGUGUUCUAUUGCUUACCAUCCAACAAACACAACAAGAAUAUAAGCUUUUAGCAGCAAGUUUAUUGCUUCAAUUAGAUAUCCUGGAAGACUCACUUGAUAACAUUUUGAACCGGGAAGUGGCAAUUGAGGCCCUUCUUGGGUCACUGACAUGUGAAGAAAACUCGGAUGAACAACAAUUAGCAGCAUUCUUAUUGUCGAAUCUUGGUGGAACUUAUGCAUGGACAGGAGAACCAUGCACAAUAGCUUGGUUGGUAAAGAAGGCUGGUUUGAACUCAAUGCUACACAAGAAUAUUGUCAAAAACAUUGAUUGGUCAGAUGAUACUCUGCAGGAAAAUGGGACUGAAACUUGGUGUGGAAAGGUUGCACGCCACAUUACAAAGGGUGGGAGUCCUGUAUUCUAUGCUUUGGAGAAGGGAUUAAAGAGCAAGAACAAGAGAGUCUCAAGAGACUGCCUCACUGUAAUUGCGUGGAUCGGGUGUGAAAUUGUGAAAGGUCCUGAUGAUUUGAGAUGCUUAGCUUGUGACAUCUUGCUAAGUACAAUUGAGCAAUAUGUGCAUCCUGGAAAGGAACUUGAAGAAAGACUUUUAGCAUGUUUGUGCAUAUAUAACUACACUUUUGGUAGAGGCAUGCAAAAAAUAACUCAGUUUUCAGAGGGUGUUAGAGAAUCACUCCGACGCCUUUCAAGUAUAUCGUGGAUGGCAGAGGAAUUGUUGAAGGUUGCAGAUUAUUACAUGCCCAACAGAUGGCGAAUAUCUUGUGUCCACACACAGGUUUUGGAGGCAAAUUAUAAUGGCAGUGGAGCUGUAAAUUCUCUCAUCUACUAUAGGGGACAGCUUUUCAGUGGAUACUCAAAUGGUUCUAUCAAGGUUUGGGACAUCAAGGGGCAAACAACCACUCUUGUAUCAGAUAUAAAGGAGCACAAGAAGGCAGUAACAUGUUUUGCACUUUUAGAACCAGGGAAUUGCCUUUUGAGCGGGUCUGCAGACAAAACGAUUAGGAUUUGGAAAAUGUUUGAAAAGAAAAUGAAAUGCAUUGAAGUAAUAACAACAAAGGAUUCUAUUCAAAGUCUUGAAACUUGCGCUGAACUGAUUUUUACUGUUACCCACAACCAUAAAGUGAAGGUCUUUGAUUCAUCAAGAAAGGUGAAGGAUGUUUUCAAGCACAAGCAUGUGAAAUGCAUAAGGGCCAGCCAAGGGAAAGUUUACAUAGGCUGCAUGGACUCAAGCAUACAGGAGUUAAGUACUGGAAACAACCGACAACAAGAAAUCAAAGCUCCAUCAAAGAGUUGGAGGAUGCAAAACAAGCCUAUCAAUUCAAUAUCAGUGUACAAAGACUGGCUAUAUAGUGCAAGUAGCUGCGUUGAUGGAUCAAGGAUUAAGGACUGGAGAAGACAGACUAAGGGUGGUCAAGUGUGUAUAGUACCAUCUGAGAAAAGAUCAAAUGUGGUAGCAAUGAGCAUAGUAGAGGACUUUAUAUACUUAAACAGCAGUUGUUCAGCAAGCAACCUAGAGAUUUGGCUGAGAGGGACAGAGCAUAAGGUUGGAAGGUUAUCAGCAGGCAGCAAGAUCACAAGCAUGCUCACAGCCAAUGACAUGAUCUUAUGUGGUACUGAAUCAGGAUUAAUCAAGGGCUGGAUCCCCCUAUAGUAAAGUAAAAGAUUGAAGCCAUUUUCUUUUAUUCUUUGGUUAAGCUGCUGGAUUGCUAUGCUUGUGUAUAUAUUAUUAUGGGGUAAAUAUAGAAGAGGAGAUGGGCUGCACAUAAACAUGACCUGCAUACAACAGUGGAAUGAAUAUCCGGACACAAUAAGAGACUUGGAGUUGUAAUACAUUUAUUAUAUGUUCUUUUAUCUAUAUUUAAUUUAAUAUGUGAUAGAGAGAAUGGAAUUGAUGAUGAUGAUUUUGUAUUCACCUUAAUUUAAGGAUUGUGUAGAUC